AUGGCGCGUGCAGAGGGCAGCAGGGCAGCAGGGCGCACAGGGCUGCAGGGCAGCAGGGCGCGUGGGGCGCACAGGGCAGCAGGGCAGCAGGGCGCACAGGGCUGCAGGGCAGCAGGGCGCGCGGGGCAAACAGGGCAGCAGGGCAGCAGGGCGCACAGGGCUGCAGGGCAGCAGGGCGCGCGGGGCGCGCAGGGCUGCAGUGCGCGCAGGGCGCGCAGGGCAGCAGGACAGCAGGGCGCGCAGGGCUGCAGGGCGCACAGGGCGCAGCAGGGCUGCAGGGCGCGCUGGGCGCGCAGGGCAGCAGCAAGGGCUGUAGCGGCAACAGCAAGGGCUGUAGCGGCAGCAGCAGGGCAGCAGGGCGCACAGGGCUGCAGGGCAGCAGGGCGCACAAGGCUGCAGGGCAGCAGGGCGCGCGGGGCGCGCAGGGCUGCAGGGCGCGCGGGGCGCACAGGGCUGCAGGGCGCGCGGGGCGCACAGGGCAGCAGGGCAGCAGGGCGCACAGUGCUGCAGGGCAGCAGGGCGCGCGGGGCAAACAGGGCAGCAGGGCGCACAGGGCUGCAGGGCAGCAGGGCGCGCGGGGCGCGCAGGGCGCGUAGGGCUGCAGUGCGCGCAGGGCGCGCAGGGCAGCAGGACAGCAGGGUGCGCAGGGCGCGCAGGGCUGCAGGGCGCGCGGGGCGCACAGGGCAGCAGGGCGCGCGGGGCGCAGCAGGGCUGCAGGGCGCGCGGGGCGCGCAGGGCAGCAGCAAGGGCUGUAGCGGCAACAGCAAGGGCUGUAGCGGCAGCAGCAGGGCAGCAGGGUGCGCGGGGCACGCAGGGCUGCAGGGCGCGCGGGGCGCACAGGGCUGCAGGGCGUGCGGGGCGCACAGGGCAGCAGGGCAGCAGGGCGCACAGUGCUGCAGGGCAGCAGGGCGCGCGGGGCAAACAGGGCAGCAGGGCGCACAGGGCUGCAGGGCAGCAGGGCGCGCGGGGCGCGCAGGGCUGCAGUGCGCGCAGGGCGCGCAGGUCAGCAGGACAGCAGGGCGCGCAGGGCUGCAGGGCAGCACAGGGCUGCAGAUCCCCUCCCCCCCACCGCUGCACCCGCAGCAGGGGGAUGGAGGAGAAGUGGGGGGGGGGGGGGGGGGGUUUGGGGGGGGGGGGGGGGCUGAUGCUGCAACUCCCCUCCCCCCCACUGCUGCUGCAGAUCCCCUCCCCCCCACUGCUGCUGCAGAUCCCCUCCCCCCCACUGCUACUGCAGAUCCCCUCCCCCCACUGCUGCACCCGCAGCAGGGGGAUGGAGGAGAAGGGGAGGGGGGGGAGGGGGGCGGGGGCGGAGCUGCGCGUGCGACUGCAGGGCACGCGGGCAGGAAGUCAGCACCCCUCUUGCCAUAG